CAGACAAUUCCAGACAAUUCCAGACAAUCCCAGAGAGGCCGAAAUGGGAUGGAAGGAAUGAAAUCCAUUUUUUUCUUUUUCUUUCCCCCUCUCCCCUCCAGACACAACAAUCCCAGCGGGAUCGAAUUCCCCAGGAAUUCCCACGCCAAGGAUGGGAAUUUUAGUGCAGAACACAAUCCCAGACAACCCCAGGGACACCGAAACGCGAUGGCAAUCACGAAACCCCAUCCCUUUUUCCUCUCCCCUCUCCACGAACAAUCCGAGCGGCAGCAGCAGCCGGGCCCGGAUAACCCCGCGGGUCCCGGGAGCAUCCGGCACGGCAGGAAGGAGCCCAGCAGGAGGAAAUAUUAAAUCCUGCCAUAUAAACACCGCGUCGGGAGCAGCCCCACCCCAACACAACCCCCCUAAAAAGCGAGGUCCAGGCGGGGUGGGGCUGCCAGAAGCGUGGCGAGCAUGGAGAAGAGCAGUUUCGCCAUGGCUAAAUUCGGUUUGGAGCACAAAGAGGCGAUGCCCAAGCGCGACUGCGGGUUUUAUGUCAAAUAUAUUUUCCUUUUCACCUCGCUGAUUCAGUUUUUGAUCAUCCUGGGCUUGGUGCUGUUCAUGGUGUACGGGAACGUGCAGGCGGGCACCGACACUCACCUGAGGCUGCUGGAGGAGCAGGUGCAGAGCCACUACGGCAGGAUUGUCGCCUUGAGUGCCACCAACGCCAACCUGAGCCGUGUCCUCAACGCCACCCUCAAGGACAAGGACAAGCUGCAGGGGAUGGCGCUGAAGGUGCAGAGGGAGUUGGAGAAGUGCAACAGCAGCCAAAAUUCCAACAGUGUCCCCAAGCUGCAGGACCUCGUGUACCACCAGGUGCUGCUGGCGCAGUGCUACGUGCUCAACUCGGCCAUCAACGCCACCUGCCACAGCGACAAACUGGACCUGCAGAACCAGCUAAGCAAGGCCACCUCCUCCAAACAAACCCUGGAGGAGAGCAGCAAGCAGAGCCGAGCCGAGCUGGCCAAAGCCACCCAGGAGAAGGAGAGGUGCCAGCAGGACCUGAAGAGCUCCAGGGACGAGGUUGUGCUGCGCAGGAUGGAGCUGGACCUGGAGAAAGGCAAAUUCAGCUCCCUCCAGAACGACGUGCACAAAAAAUUAUCGACGGUCAAGGAAUUGGCGAAGCAAUAUCAGUGCAAAGGAGCGGAGAGCGAGCUGCAGCAGAUCCAGGGGAGGGUGGAGAAUCUGUUCCGGGAGCAGCAGGAGCGCGAUUCCAAAUUCGUGUUGAAAGGGAGCUGCGAGCUGAGCGUGCGGCACUGCGAGCUGAACUGCUCCCGGGAGAUGCAGGAGCUGGAGAGGAGGAUCCAGGAGGCCGAGAGGAGGGAGAGGGACGGAGCGGAGGAGAGGAGGAGGCUGCAGGGGGACAAGGACAAGGAGGGGAAGGAGCUGGAGGAGAAGAGGAGAGAGGCGGUGGCGCAGGCGGAGAUGCUGAGGGAGAGGCUGGGGGCGUGCCUGGCCAAGGUGCCACACCUGGAGUUCCCGAGCUCGCGGGCUCCGCUCGGCUCCGGCCGCUCCUUCCCCGUCCCCGGCCCCUUGCUGGAGUUCCUGGGGAACCCGAACACGCUGGCCACGCUGGGAAGGAAGAACCUGGAGGACAUCCAGCGGGUGAUGCAGCAGCAGCUGAGGAAUCCCAGUUCCUAACUGGAGAAUCCCCCCGGAAUCGCCGGAGCUGCCCAGGAGGUGCUGCCCUCAGCACGGAUGGCACUGUCCCCUCCCCUCGUCCCCGUGUCCCCAACCCCACCCCCACCGUG